CCGAAAGGAGCUGAACAGAAGGAAUACAAGCGUCUAUCUGUUUAAAUAGAGAUAAUAGAGAUUUUUACAGAAAAGUGAAGUUAGUUUUCGUAGUGCGAAAGAUAGGAGAGUAGCAGUUUUAGAGACAACCCCCUGAAGUACACAAGGACCACUAAAUGGCAUUUAAAGAUAUCCUACCGAAGUUUUCGCUGUUCAUGAUCAUGUGCGCGAUCGGGUUAAUAACGUGCAACCCCAUUCCUUCGAACGCCGGAGGAAGCGGCAACGGUAGUAGCAACACCAGCAACAAUAAUAGCGGCAGCAGCAACAUCUCGAGCGGCAGGAUAGAUUGGUCGAAUCCUUGCGAUUAUCCGGCGCGCAACAGGACGAGCCGCGACAUCAAGAAGCAGCACGAGCUCCUCGCCCAGGUGAACAUCGCCUACAACGAUUACGCCGCGACGACGGCGCAGGACAUCACCGAGCUCUACGGUAACGUCACCAAAACGAUCCAGUGCAACCACAAGUUCCUCUUCGGUAAAAGCAAAGGCACGAAGAGCAACAGCAAUAACAGUAACAACAACAACAUCAACAAGAAGCGUUUGGUGAACUUUUACAAGGAGUUGCAAGUGUUCGGGCAACGCGUCGAGAAAGUGAUGGACAUGGACAUCGACAGCGCCGACGGCGUUUUCGAGUACACCAAACGCCUGGAGAUCCUCUCGAAGAUGCGCGACGGCGCCAAGAGGAUACUGUGCGAGAUGUACGACGUCCUCCCCGACAAGAAUCGUCGCCUUAAACUGAGGAGCUCACGUCAGAUGGACAACAACAGCAACAGCAACAACAACGCCAUCCCCGACACGGCCAACAUGACCAACACCAUCGCCAUCGACGUCUGCACGUUCGACAGCUACAAGAGGAUGAUCUCGUCCCUGGGGAAAUUCCUUAAUCGUAAGCAAGACAAAUCCAAGUUCCAGCAGAGGCGGAAGCACGCGGCCGUCCGUCGCAGCAAGGACCAAAAACCGCAACCCAAAAACAGCAUAAAGAACAAGAACAAUAACAUCAACAAUAAGAGAAGAAGAAAACAGCAGCAACAGAAGCAGCAUUAG